CGACAACCCGCCGCAUCCCACUCGACAUUUGUUCCCCAUUCAACCACAAUUUUCGAGGCAAUUAGCUCCCCUUUUCUCGGCCGUUGCAGACAAUGUACCGGCUCCUUUGACCUUUGCCCUCGAACUAACCCUCUCAUCCAAAAACACCGCCAAUCUAAGCUUCCGCCGUCCAUCCUGAAUUCGACGCCUCGAGAACAACGUUAAGGGCAACACAGCGGACCCGAUCAAACUCAGAAUGGCGAUGACCGACGCCGACGAAUGGUACUUUGUGUACGAGAACCGGCUGGCAUCCUUCCAAGCGCCUCAACCACUCGCCAAGCGAAGGGCAUCCAACGCCAAUUCGCGGGCUCCAAAGACUUUAACAUGGCCGCACAAGUUCCUGUCCCCCACCGAUAUGGCACAAGCCGGAUUCGUCUUCCAGCCACAACCAAGUAAUCCCGACAAUGUCGCCUGUUUCCUCUGCCACACGACCAUCGACGGCUGGGAGAAGGAUGACGAUCCGCUGGCCGAGCACCUGAAGCAUUGGCCCGACUGCGGCUGGGCCAUUACAGCGGCCGUUGAGGCAGAAGUGGCAGAGUUCACGACGAUGCACCCUCUCGACCCGAGGAUGGUCGAGGCGCGUAAGGCGACUUUCGGAGGGAAGUGGCCGUACGAGUCCAAGAAGGCGUUCAAGUGCAAGACCAAGCAGCUGGUGGAGGCGGGCUGGAGGUACACGCCCACUCUCGAAUCCGAUGAUAUGACGACUUGUCCCUAUUGCCACCUUGGACUCGACGGCUGGGAGUCCGGUGACAAACCGAUUGAGGAACACUACAAGCGCGCUCCCGACUGCCUGUUCUUCCAGCUCGUCAGCCAAAACCCAGCACCCAAGAAAGGCCGGGCCACCAAGGCAGCCCGAGCCUCCAAGGCCUCCCGGCUCUCAGUACAGUCUGUUGCCACGGCCACGUCUGAAUUUCCUUCGGCCGCAGAUGUCACUGUAGACCACGACGACAGUGUCAUGACGACGACAUCUGUGGUGACACAAGGCGGCAGGAAGACCACCAGAGGCAGAAAGGCGGCAACGACAAAGGGGAGGAAAACACGAGCGAAGAAGGACGACGCCGUUGAGGUCCUGGAGGAUGAGCAGGAUGUAGAAGUGCCCCCUCCGCCACCACCGAAGGCUACAAGAGGGCGCAAGAGGGCGAGUGAUGCCGUGGAGGAUUCCAUCAUCACCAAUGCCGAGGCCCCGGCACCCAAGAAGCGGGCGACCAGGGCAAGUGUCAGCAACAACGUGGAUGCCUCGGUUCUCAGCACUGCUUCCCAAGAUAUAGACAUGGCCGAUGCGCCUCCUGCGAAACGGCCAACCAGCCGCAAGAAGGGCCGGGCCUCGACCGCCAGGACAACCCGCAAGGCCUCGUCGUCUUCAUCCCUCAGGUCGCAGGCCUCCACUGCAUCUCUGCGGGCACAGGUGCCCGACGACGACGAGCUUGAUCGCCAGCUGCAGGCCGAUCUCGAACGACCCCUCACCGACGAUGAAGAUGUUGCCGCCGAUUCUGAUUCUGAGAGGAAGAAGGCGGAAGGCGAAGCGGCGCCGGCGCCGGCAAAGCGCAGGGCUCGGAAAGGAACUACUUCUAAGAAAGCCACUGCGCAGAGCCAGGAAGAGGAGAAUAAUGAUUACGCCAUGUUUGACCCCGCACCCCCCGAACCCGACGAGGCGGAGGUCGACGCGGAGCUGAAGGCUUUGGAGGCCGAGAUGAAGGCCGAGGAGCAGGUAGAGGUUCUAGAGGUCCCCAAGAAAGGGCGAAAAGCGGGCACGCGCAAGGCCUCCAAGCAGACAAAGAAGGCCAAGGAAGUUGCGCAGCCACCCCCCGAUCCUGUUGAGGAGCCCUCAGAGGAGGAGGCGGUGAUGCUUGUCGAGCCCGUUCCCCCUCCUGCCCCCGUUCCUGCUGCCGCUCCCGAACCAGAGGUGGCCGACGACCCUGAUGCGAGCAAUGCAACUGUUGUCACCAAGACAUCUGGUGGCCGCCUUAGCACCGGGAAGAGGGGCAGGGGCCGUCCCCCAAAGAAUGCGAGGACCUCUCAACCCGCAGACGAUGAGCCCGAAGAGGACCAUCCCCCCCCGGUCCCCGCUCACGUUGAGUUUCAAGUGGCGUCCCCCACGGUCCGCGAGUCAUUCUCCGCCCUGAACCGGACCCCCGGCAAGGGGAAGGUAGUCCCGUCCCACACCCCCUCGGGACCGACGCCUGUCCAGAUGGACAAAGCGCUUCCCCUGCCGCCGCCCUUCUCGAUACCGCGAAAGCCCCCCGCGACGCCCCGCGCAACCAACGCGACGCCACCCACCGCCAACGCCAAGCAGGCGACGCUGUCGCCCUCGCAGUCGCCGCAGUCCUCGGACGCGGAGAACCGGCCCCCGUCGUCCAAGCCGCCGUCGUCCAAGCGGACGGCGCUGGCGCUGGCACCCGUGCCGGCCACGCCGGUGCGCGGAUCGCCUUCUUCGAGGCGCAACGUCGUCGCGGGACUACAGAGCACGGCGCGGUGGACAGCCGUGGACCUGGAGACUGUGUUUGAGGGCAUGGGUCCGACGACGAGUCACGGCGUGGACGGGAUCCUGGGGAGGGGCGCGGACGGGCUCGGCAGCCCCGAGAAGAGGAUGACUGUUGAGGAGUGGAUCUACCAUAACGCGGGGCUGGCGGAGCGGAAGCUGAGGCAUGAGUGUGAGGCUAUGGUUUCUGCUUUUGAGAGGGAGGGGACUAGGGCGAUGGGUGUUUUGGAGGAGUUGGUUGUUGAUUGAGGGAGUGCGUGGGAUUGCAAUGGGGUCGAUCCAUUUGCUGCCUGGGGAUGGGGGGAGGGAGAGCUGGUUCUUCUGACGACCGGGGUCUGGAAACAGGGGUGAUGUGGAUGGGUGUUGUCCACCGGGAAACGGGGAACACGAGGCGUUAAUUGUAUCCAUCGGGCUGGUCACGGCGUUUUGUUAAAAUAAUGAGGCUACCUAUUGUUUGUGCUUGUUGAAUCUCCUUCCUGCUGAAACUAUUCUCACACUGGUUUGUCUGGCCCUGAGAGGUGUGUCGACGAUAUCAUCCGCCAAGGCCACCCCCCCCAUGUUUCUCAUAUGCUUUUCUUGUGAUUCUGCAUAUACUGGAGAGAUGGAUUAGCACCGGAAAGGUGACAAGGUAGGCAGGAAGAGGAGCACGGCAAGGGCAGACCAGUUGAUGUCAUCCGACUAGUAUUCUCUUGGUGUCACGAAAAACAACAGUGUCACUGACAAGGC